AUGAAUAACCAGCAAUCUCUCAAAAUCCUUACCUUGGAUGGAGGUGGAUUGCAGGCACUGGCGACACUGAGCAGCAUCUGUGCAGUGUGUCAAGCAAUCGCCAAAGAAAACAAAGCUGCGAGAAUUCCAGCCCCCCACGAGCUGUUCGAUAUCAUAUGUGGUGUCGGCACUGGCGGAUGGAUUGCAUUGUUGCUUGGACGAUAUCGUCUCGACGUUGCAACAUGUAUGGCAGUGUACAUGGAGAUUGCGAGAAAGGUAGACAGCGAUCGGAACACCUCCAGGUGGCCACGGCGAAAUCGUGCUUUCAAGCUCGAUCAAGACCAACUUGUCUCUGUGGUCGAGGAUACGUUGCUGCGGUAUAAUUUGGAUGCAACACUGUUGAGGGAAGAGUCGCCGGCACCAAACGUUUUCGAAAGAGGCCAAACCAGAUGUGCACAGGCAUUUGCCGUGGGUAUCAAACAAGGACGGAACAAACAAGGAACCGAGUACGAGCUCUUCAGAUCAUACAACCUUGAGGGCAAGUCUGCGAGCACGCUGUCUGGUCCAGAGCCCAGAAAGUGUCGCACUUCGCAAGCCUUCGCCGCAGUCGGAGCCGCCAAAUUCUUCUUGAAGCCAUACAAGGUUGGGAAGAGUGUCUUCUUCGACGAGACAUUUCCUCAGUCACAUCCCAUCUCAUCAAUGGCUCUCGAUGAAGCACUGACCGUGUAUGGCCCUGACGUGGAGAUUUCGGUCCUGCUUAACAUAGGCCCAGGUAUCCCUUCAGAGCAGGAUUGCAAAACUCUUGACUCCAUGUCCAUUGGCCCUAUUGCUCGUCUGACGAGGAAGUUUUCAUGGCCUGGAAGGAAGGAAGCGUCGCUGAAAGGAAAAAAGCCGGUGGACAACGACAGCCAAAAUGAGGUGCAGCAGCACGAUUCAACGCCCAGCACUCCUAGCGAAAGUGCGCUGAGACUGGAGUGCCAGAGACGAUUGGACAUACGUGACCGGUUGAAGGGCUUGUAUGGUGAUUCUGGGGCCGAAAAGUACCAUCAUCUUGGACCGGAUUAUUCCUUGGAGAAAGCGUCUCUUAACGAUGUUCAUGCCAUCCGACUGUUUCGAACUCGAUCAAGGGAAUCACAAGGCCGCGCGGCCGAGAUAGGGGGUGCAGUGAGCCAGUACUGGGUCAACACGAGGGCUUGA